AUAUAUAAAUAAAACGAAAGUUUAUGCAUUACAAUUAUAAUACAUUUUUUUACAUUGUGUACACGGCCUUGUGUAAUGACUAGUACACACACACACACACAUAGGGCCAACGUUGGCCAAUCUAAGGAUCUCCCAGACCUUGCAACAAAUUGUAUGCGAUUUUUGAUAGUAAGAACAAGAUAAGUUGGUAGCGAUUUUAAUAGGCCAGAUCGUGCAAGUGUUAAAUUCAUAAUUUCAUAGAAGUUUGACGUUUAAAAUAACAUGUGCUCCUGCCCCGUCUGGGCUAUCAACUCACUGCUAGAACGUAGUGAUCAAAGAAUACAACUGAUCAUAAAUUAUAUGGAAAUAAAAGUAGCAGGCAGCUUACCGCCAACCUCUCUGUUCAGUUGUAUGUUUUCCUUUCUAUUGCUCUCGUAUAUUUGAAGGGCGUAUUUCACUAAUCCUGCCUUCGGACGGCGAGCGAUCGCCGCGACGUCGGCCCCGAGGUCGGCACCGAUAUUGGGCCAAGGGAUGGGUUUCCGUUUCUCGAAAUUUUGAUAUAAUGGCAUGUGGAGUUGUUUCCAUCUACAAAUCUUAGGGCAGACUUGUAUCCCAAUAAAUUCUUUUGGAUUAUAAGAACAUGUUAAACUACUUUUAGGGGACCUGUAAUGACCAUAUUUUUGUAAAUAUUGAAUUUAAAAUAUCUUUUGGCACACGUCACGUGACCAAACUUGAAACGUCUUUGAAGAUUCUGAUGACGUCAUAACUCUCGGAUUGACACUGUUGACAGUUAGGCGAUAAACAACAAAUGACAAAUGUCAGUUGACAGUUAGUAUCUUCUACGUGUGUAUGUAGUUAUUAUGUGUCAAACCGUAAACUGUGACGUCACACAAUUUUCAAAGAGCGUUUUGGGCGCGAAAGCAUCUGUCAAAAUAUAUUUUGUUAAUUUAACAUAUUUAAAGCCGUUAUUAGUAUAAAAGUUGAAUUUUAGGGCAACUUUUAGUUAAUAUAGAACGUAAUACAAGUGUUUCAAAAAAUUGGAAACAACCCUAUUGGCCCUUUACGAUCGAUAUGGGCCAAUUACAUCCACACUCACUAUGGUCCCGACGUCAGACCUGAGCAAGAAAUGAAAAAGACUUUGUGUCUAAUUUCCAAAAAUGUCAAAUGUUUGAUAUUUUUGCAUAUGAACCAUUUUUUUUACAUUUUAAAUAUUGUUAACGAUGUGCUGAUAUUCCGUGAAACGGAAAGCGAUUAUUAGGCCCGACAUCGGGACUGAUUUCGGACCCGAUAUCGGGAAGUGUGGAUGUAAUUGGUACUUUACGGCCGAGCAAGAUCGUCGUUAUCAAUAUUUGACACGUAAAAAAUACUUUGUCUCUAAUUGGCAAAAAUUGAAAUGUUUGAAUUUUUUUCAUACGAACCAUUUUUCUAUAUUUCAAAUAUUGUUAACGUUGUGCUGAAAUUCCGUGAAACCAAAAACAAAUAUCAGGUGCGUCAUCGGCACAUUUCGGGUCCGAGGGCCUACCACAAACCACGUUCGGCGUGUUGCCUCCCUGUCACACUUUCGUACGAAUAUACAGAGAGGCAACACGUCGAACGUGGUUCGCGGUAGGCCCUCCGAUAUCGGGAAGGCCGACGGCAGGAUAAGUGUGAAAAGACCUUAAGCGAGUACUUAUGAUAAUGAGUAUUAGGUUUUACAGUGGUUUUACAUUAGUAUCUAUUUUCACCAUUUGCAACAUUUGACGGCCAUGACAUGACGUACCUAUUCAUUUUCAUUUUGUUGAAGUUUGGUUCGUCGUUGACUUCGUUGAGUUCGUUGAGUUUUGAAUUUAACCAACGUAGAACACGUAGUGAUUUGCUCUUUGCGUAGAACCAUAGAACGUAGUGAUUAUAUGCUCUUUGAAUAUACCAUAACGUAACGAGCUUUAAUGCAAAAGAUUGUCCGAUUUAAUCAUGUCUAUUACGCAUUCAAGAUUAAAAAAGUUUUCUAGUUUUGAUUUGGUUAAUGCUCAUUUCAUACAUCCUAAAUUAAUAAUACAAGAAGAUACGGAAAAAGUACGAAUAUGUGAUUUAACUGCACGUACUGAAGAAGACCCCGAUAAGGUUUAUAAUUUUGAUACGAAAAUUUCAAACACACACGUACAUAGAGAGCUCCUGUGGGUCCUUUUCAGGUCCGGGGAUAUCAUAGUAAUAAACCCAGCGACAGGAACUCAAAUCAAGGUAACAUGUGAAAAGUUGGCCAACUAUAAGAUUCAAAAGUUAAGAAGCAGUGAGAAUAAUGUGAUCCUAAUCAGUAAAAGUGGAGAAUGUUUGGUGGUGUUAUUUUCACGGAAAGAUUUGGAACAAGAUAUGGUAGACGGCAAAGCAGAACAUACCAUAGCAAUAGAUAAAUAUGGUGGGUCUUAUUUAGCUGCAGAAUCUCAUAUGCUCUCAAACGGAUUGAUUGCAUACACCGAGGGAGAAGCUUUAGUUUUAAAAUGUCCUAUAACUGGUUUAUAUGAUGUUAUCAAUUCCACAAAGAAAAUCCUUUAUGCAGUUCCUUGGGCUGAUUCACUAAUUAUUUCUGAUGGAGCAACAAUGUGGCUGGUAGAUAUUAAAGACUCCCACAUUAUGUAUGAAUUUAAAGAAGAUGGAAUCACAUACUAUCCAUUGGGGUCAUAUAACAAUGACUUUUACUAUCUGGCUUGGGAUGAAAUGCAGGUGUACAUUUGCUGUGCUUGGGAUGAAUCACUACUUGAUUCAACAAAUGACCAGCAUGAUAACAACUCUUCCAUCCAAAAACUUUCAUCUCAAGAAACACUCAAAGGUCAGUUGAAAACAAUCAUUGAUAGUUUGACAUCAACAACAGACCCAGAUCAGGUAUUACCUCAAAUACAACCCUAUUUUGACACCAUUGAAGAUUUACCUCUCCUUGUCAAUACUGCCCUUAAACUGUGUAAGAUUAAUUUGGCACUCAAACCACUUACAUAUACUUUACAAAAGAAAGUUUUUGCAUCAGCUGAUGAUUUCCUGAUUCAAUCAUUAUGUGAUAUCAUGAAUAAAAUAGACAUACUGGAGUACAUUGAGUUCAGAGGAAGUAAUUUAUAUGAAGACCUAAGCAUAUUUGAUUUGAGUUUUGUGGAAUUAUGCAUCACAUUUGUCUCAAAAGGCGAUUUUGAUUUAUCUUCCAUAUGUUGGCUCAAAUAUUCUGCUGUAAAACAAACAAUUAAUUCUAACGAUAUAAUGGGAAUAUUGAAUGCUAUUCCCAACAAUAUUAAGAUGGGGGCCUUAAUAAAUUGGUUAAGAAAUUUUCUCCCACCUCUUCUAGAUGAAAACCCCUUUUAUAUAGAUUUGUUUGUCCGGUGGGUCACAGAAAGAGUUUUUUCGCUAGAGAAAUCUAGUUACUGGCCAAAAAUUGGAUUGAAGUUUAUAGAUGAUAUAGGCAUAGUAUUGGAAACUUCAUUAAAAACGAUUUGUUUGCGACCAAUAUCAAUGGAUGAUCUUGAUAUGUUAAAAACGCAUAUAAAGAAUAUAAUUGAAUUAAAAGAAAAACAUAAAAUUAAUAUGUUGCUGGGUGAGCUUAGUUCACAGAGUCCCAGUGAAGUCGCGUUAAUUAUGCUACGUCGAUGCUACACAGAAGAUUUAGAGCCUUUUUUUGCAGCAUUAUUUGCCUUCAUAUAGUGCUAGGAACUCUUUUGAAAUUGACGAUACUCUACGCUCUUUCAUUGAAAUAGAAGCGGCAAGCAGUGGCGGUGAUGUAGAUGGCGUCCGUUUAAAAAUAUUGCUUAAUUCAUUUCGACUACAUACUAACAAACUAGAAUGCUUCCUUCAGGUUCUAAAGGUUUUAGAUGUACCAUGGAAUCAAAUAGUACUAGAACUCGCGGUAGAAGCCGCAUCUUCAGGGAAAAAAGAUUUCACAACCACUGCUACAGAUCGUCUUCUCGCUGAGCAAAUUCAACGAGAACUGAAUUAUGCGAAAGUUAAAGUAAUUUUAAAGAAGUAUAAAUUUUCCCUAAAAUGUACUGAUUAUCAAUUGGUCUUGCAUAAAAUGAUAACAGCACCAAGCAUUGAUUUGGACGACUUGAAAGUUAUUACUAGUGUAUUGACAGAUUACGCAAAUUACGGCAGUUUAUUAUAUUUAAACCGAUGUCUUUGCGAUUGUGACACGAGAGGUGCGCUGGAAUACUUUAACCAGAUGCCAAGCAAGGAAAAGAAAAUUUUACUGAAAUCGGUUAUGAUCAAAUACGAACAAAUCAUUAAGGGAAGUUCAAAUGAAGCAAUUGUCGAAAGAAAUUAUGUCGAUUUCUUGAAAGGUAGUAAAAUGCUCAACGAUUUAGAAGUUAAUACGAUUGAAAACAUGUAUUAUUUGAAAAAUUCCUUUGAGACAAAAUUAAGUAUAAACGAUUUGUACUGUGAACAUAGCGCAAACGAAGUGGAUAUUACUAUGAACGUUUCUGACGCAGGAAGAAGCGGGUGUCUGGCUCAGCUUACUCGAACACACCAAACUUCGCGUUCAACAUUGAUAGCAUUACUCCAUCGCACUUCUUCAAAUCAUGAAGUUCGCAAACUAGUUGAAGCUCUCUUAAUAACAGCUGAAACCCAGGAACACUGUCAAACGCAGAUUGCUUCAGUAUUGGCUAAUUUCAGAGAUGGAAACAAUUCAGCCAUUCUCAUGGAAUGCUGCCACGUUCUCACCGAGCUUGUAUCAACUUGUACUGAAGAACAUAUCCAUCGUGUAAUCAAAUAUUUAUCAAUGCUGACCGCCUUAGUAAAUGCUAAUAUAGUAGUUAAAAAUCUGUCCAUAGCAUGGAAAUUCCAUUACAUUUUUUUGCCUAUGUCUUCACUGUCAACAUUGAAUGAUCUUAUUGAUUUUUACAUUUCGCCAUAUAAUUAUUUGGCACGUAAUCCCAGAAUCAGUCAAAGUAGAGGUGAUUUCAUUCCAAUCAGGAUAGUCGUAAAUAUUGCAGAAGACAUUUCUUCUUCUGGGAAAGAUUUACCCGGCGAAUUACUUCAAAUAAGGAACAAAAUAUGUAAGCAACUUUUAAAUAAAGUUGUUGCGUCUCAAGAACUCGACGAAUUAUUGAUAACUAUAUUAUUAGAUCUCUUAAGCAAAGAUGAAGCAGAUAAAAUAUGGAUUAUUGACAUGUUACGUGGUCAGAAUGAGUCGCUGUCCCAUGCUGCUAUCGCGUAUCUGGCCCAACCCGUGAUAAGGCGCUCAUUUUCGGCAUUCUGUUUAACCCAAAAUACAGUAGCGUAUUCGCCUCAAUACAUGUUAAAAACCAAAUUUAAAUUUAACGUGGCAGACUUGGCUUUGUCAGAAAUUAACAACGAUGAAACUUGGGACACAAAAGUUGUGCUGUUCUUUUUUUUGAAACAGUACCCCGAAACUUCGCUUGAUCGCCUUAUAGAAUUGUGCCGCACCUUGCACAUACCCGUCAAUGAAGGCCUGUCCUUUCAACUCAUCUCAUUGCUGACUACUUGGGAAUUGAAAUAUAAAAUAUUCAAUGACGACAUAGGUUGCUGUCAAACACACUUUGAAAACGACGAAAGCCAUCUGCUGCCAAACUGUGUAAAACUAUGGGAAAGCAUAAAAGACAAAGAUUUCAUCAAAGAUGUUUUAACAGAUCUCUGGAAAAACGGUGAGGUUACAUUACAUGGUCGUAUUGUUUCCAUAAAUCCCUAUUAUUACGAAGUGUAUUUAUGCAUAUAUUAUUUAUUGUAUGGUUCGUCCACCGAUUCAGAAUACAUGAAAGAAUAUUAUCUGUUAAAUUUCCUUAAAAAUUAUAACAGGAAAAGCACUCCUAAACAACACGAAUUUGAGCUGUUUUCUGUCAAAGGAAUGUUUCCAGAAAUCGGACAUCACCGCUUACCGUUUCACCUUUUCAUGCGUGAAGACAUGUGGGCGAAUUUGAAGUCAGAAAUAACAUUAGAAACCUACGAGCAGUGGCUGCCUGCAGUUGCUUUACUUUCACUAGAUGCUGAUAUACAAACCGCGAGAGACAUGAUUUGCAGUAACGCUCUCAAGCAAACUAUGACGUCUAGAAAAAAGUGUGAAGGGACUGAGACUGAACAAAAAGAGAGUGAGCCCUGGCGCCUAACCACACGAGAAGAGCCUCUGCUUCGCGCCGCACACCGAUGUGUGAAGCAUAUAGCAAAUAUGGAAUGGGCAGGCGCGUGCCUCUUUUACGUUCUUCAAGGUUGUGCUCGUGGAGCAGACCAAGUGGCAGCGGCGCAGUUGUGCUAUCAAUUUGCCCAACGCUGGUCUGCUGUUCAGCCUGGUAAUCGAGCAGUCCGUCAAAUGGAAC